CAUUAGAUGUUUUAACUGUGGCCAACCUAAAUCAGCCACUUUGUAAAAUAACUUAUGUUAGGUAUCAGUUACUACUUAUUAUUCCCUUUUUUGUCCAUAUCUGCAUAAGCUAAAUACAAAUAUGUCAGAUAUUAUGUACAGACUAAAAUGAUGGAUGGAGUUAAGAUUGAAGAUAAAGUGCCUUUUUCUGCUUUAAUUAAGGUAUCCUCUUUCUCAGGAACAACAAUGUUAUAUGCAGAGAAAGAUUUAGAUGAACUUCUUAUCUGUAAAGAACAAGAACUGAAAGAAUUACAAGCUCGACAGAUCCAUUUUCAGCAAACUACACUCCAAGAAACCAGAAAACAACUUCAAGAAGUGCACAGGAAAUAUAACAGUUUAAAGGAAGAUUUCAUUUACAACCUUAAAGUCUUAGAGGAGAGAGAUAGAGAAUUGGAGCGCUAUGAUACCUUGUUCAUCCAGUUGAAAAUGGUUGAAAAUGACAACCAAGCAGAGGUUAGUGAUCUUAGAAUACAGGUGGAUAAGCUGCAACAGGGACUAGCUCAGGAAACAAAAAAACAAGAAGCUCUCAAAGAUCAAUAUCAUCGGAAACUGAAAGAACACCAGUUAGCCUUGGAACAGCUUCACAGUUCCAAAGAUGCUGACAUCAGCCAUUGUCAUGAGGAAUAUGAAAAUAUGAAAGAACAAUUGGAGAGAAAGCUCCAGGAAGUCGAUGGUGAACUUGCUUUGCAAAGACAGGAACUUCUUGUAGAAAUUGACACAGAAAUUAAAAAAAGAGAGCAUGAGUUUCGACAGAAAGCAAAUGAAAUGAGCAACUUAGUUCUGUCCCAUGAGCUUAAGGUGAAAUUGUUGACCAAAGAAUUAGAGGCUUUGAAAGAAGCUGGAAUGAAAGCAGCAGAAUCACUGAAAGUGGCAGAAGCAGCUAAUUUGGAGCUUGAAAAACAAGUUAGAUGCAAAGAUUGGGAAAUAAAAGCUAAUACAGCCGUAAAAGAUGCUCAGAUACAGGAUUUAGAAAGUAAACUUGCUUCAAUGCAGCUUGGCUGGGAAAAAGAAAAAGAAACAUUUGAGAGAAAGCAUGCUACAAUAGAUCACUUUGCCAGAGAAAAGGAGGCAGUGAUUGCUUCAAUGAAACAAGCUCAUGUUGAACAAACACACAGAUGGAAAAAUCAAAUCCAAAAACUACAGACAAAUAAGAAAACUUUGGAAAUGAAAUUAGAUGAGGCUGAGUAUAGGUUUAGAGACCAGUUGAGAGAAAAAGAGACUAUAAUUGAAAAGAGAUCAAAUUUGAGCUGUUGCUUUUUAAGACUUGAACAUGAACUAGAAGAACUGAAAACAAACUGGGAUUCUCAAGUAGCUCAGAUAUCCAAAGAGACCGUUUCCAAGAAUUUACAGAUUCAAGCACAGCAAGAAGAAGUAGUAAAGCUAAAAGCAGAGGUGGUUGCCUUAAAUCAAGAUAUUGAAAGAUAUAAGCAACAGCUUUCACUUGAAAUAGAGAAAGAAGAGAGUUUGGAAAGAGCUAAAGUGCAAGGAGAGCUGGAAUGGCAGCAGCGAUGUGAGAAUGCUGAAAGGAAUCAAUAUCAUAAAUCAGAGGCUCUGAUACAGAACCUGUCAACAGCUAGGGACCAGGCUACUGCUGCACUAAAAGAAAAGGAAGAAAAAUUGCAUGGAUUAGAGGUACUGUUGUCUACUGUAGCUGUUGAAAGAGACCAAGCUUGUCAACAACUUCGCUUGCUAAAAGAGAAACAGGGUAUGGUAGGAGUUUCUGAACAUCUUCCUCCUGCUGAUAUCCAGACAUUACAGCAGCAGAACAAUAUCUUGAGGUCUGUUAUUGCAGAAAUGAGAAAAGAAAUGGAGACCCUUAAUUAUCAGGCAGCUUCCUUUGAUGACAUCAAAAUGAAAAUGCAAAAUGCAGACCAUAAGCAGUUCCUGCAAGAGGAGAUCAGAACAUUGAAAAAAACACGUGAGGCAAUAGACAAACAGAAAGAAAAUGCAACAGAAGCUUCAAGAAAAGUACUUGUGCCUUCUCUUAAUGUAACUAGAUGUAAUAAAGCUACUCAAACUUUCCAUCUGGACUACUUUGUCAGUGGGAAUGAUGGUACAUUGCAUCAUAAUACAGUUGCUGCUGUAAAGUUUCUGGAAAAAAAUGAAACGGAACAUUCAAGAACAGGGAAUCCAUUGGUAAAAUGGCUCCAGGUGGAUUCCGUUCAUCCCAAGCAACAGUUACUUAGUAUGGCCGCAGGUGACGGACCUCAUCAACAUUUUAGAAAACAUGGAAAAGUGAUUCAAGACAGACUGAAAGGAGCUGCAAAAAAGAUCUGCUGCCUGAGCAAAGAGAAACAACAGCUACUAGAGAUGGUAAAUAGACUAAGAACGGAACUUGGAGAAGCUUCAAAGGAAGGAUUUCAGGAUUGCAACGACUCAAAAAACCCUCAAAAUGAGACAUUCCCUAGUGCCCUUUAUCCCAAAGAACUUGUACAAGAAGCAAAGCAGCAUUUUCUAGCUUUAGAACAUUUGCAGUGCCAUCUUACAAAACAGAUUGGAUUAGACUCAUGUUCAAGAAACUGCACUGCAGAUCCCUCAGUAUCCAAAGCCCCUGUGCUACAGCAGCCUCAACAGCUCGGAAGAGAAAGUCCAAGCCUACCCCAGCAAAGUUGGUUAUCAUCUAGUGCUCCUAGUUCCUUGGAGGAAAUUUGGCAAAUGUUAGAGAUGGGAUCAAGUCCUUCAAUUAUCAGCCCCAGAAACAUUGACCAAGGCUAAAAAGAUGAGAAAGAGCAAGAUAUGAAGUGGGAGAGAACAGUCAAUAAAAGCUGCAGAAGAAUGGCUAUGCUGACAGAAUGUGGCUAUGACAGUAACAUCUGAAGGCGACCCAUGGGAUAAGCGUGUAAACUUUGGCAAAAUAGUGUUUUCUGCCACUGCCCUACAAUACAAUGUAUAGUUCAAUCAUGAAAAAUUCCUUUGUUGGAAUACAUUUCUGAAAUACCAGUCAGGUAUUACGUAGGAAGAUAUGUUAGAGUUUGUGGCAAUCCAAUCAGCACACAAGUAAAUAACUCAACAGGAUUCGUUGAUAUAAGAAACUUUUUUGUAUACAAUACCAUGCAGCAGAAUCCAGAACUCAGAAUUCAGAAGUACAAAAGCAGUAUAAUACAGAGGCACUCAUAUAUACAUACAUAGCCAUGCCCAGGCUCCGAGCUUCACCAAAUAGUUCCCAUUGGCUGACUUGUUGUUAUGGCUAUCCCAGCUCAUAAUUUCUCCCACACUGACAAGAUAUAUCUGUGGAAGCCAUAUAUCUGGUCUCGCAGUUCAAGUCAAAAUGGUUAUGGAGGCAGUGCCUGGAAACCAUAGAGGAGAGGAUAUAUUUAUGGCAACCAGAAGUGCAUGUUCCAACUUCAUGUCAUGCAACCAAAUGCUCAGUGAGGAACCCAUAUUGUAUCCAUGACAAAAAUUGUGUGAAAAGAGGAACAGUACUUAUGUAAGGUAUGUUUUAUGUGGCCCGAUAGUAAAAUGAAGACAAUGUUAUCCGACACCACCAUAUAAAACUAUGGGACAUGUUCAUGUUGCUAUUAGAGAAAAGCAAAAACAUCAAGAUUGAAUGUGGACAUUCUGCGAGUCAGUGACCUGAAAAGGAAUAGAUCACUUUGCAUCUGAGUAGCAUGAGAUCUCCUCCUGUGGACAAAAAGAACCCUUUGAAAAAUAGAGUAGUUAUUAUUAGAAGAGAGUGUCAAAUGAUGAUGAUGAUGAUUUGUCACAUAGUUAGCUAGAUGUUUAGACUGGAGUUGGCAUUUUGACCAUUAUUGAGUGCUUCCCAAAGACCUGGAAUAGGCAGAUGUUUAUGUUGUUAAGAUUAUAAUAUUUAGUCACACAAUUAUUAUUAUAUACAUUUGAAAUCACGAGCUGCCAGCUUUUUGCUAGUAUUGGCCUUCAUAGGCAUUGAGUUCUUGCCAAAAAAUUUGGAUGUCGUAGUGAAUCAGUGUAUCCAGACAAUGUCACAUUUGUAAUUGAAAAUUGGUCAUUUUGUUAAUGUGCCAUCCAAGGGUUUUUUGGCAUGGCACCCAAUAUUAUUGGCACCCAUGCCAAUAAUCAAUGGGACCACAAUGGCCAGUUCAUGCCAUAAUCCUUCAACUUAAAUUUUCAGAUUUUGAUACUUUGUGAUCUUCUUUAAUUCUUUGUCUUCUUUUGUAGUAUCUCCAACUGUAAAAUGCCUAGAAAUUUCAUCCCCACCAUUCAUCAUUUCAAUUCCAUUACUAUUUGUGCUUUUACCCUGAUUUAUUGUUACUAUAACACAUUCCUCUAGGUCAAAUUCUAUUGCUAUAUUUGUGCUGACAUUCUUUGUAUUUGUCCAUGACUGGAUUUGAUUUCUGAUUUUACAUAAAACUUCAAAUCAGCCAUAUAAAAGAAAUGUGAUAUUGUACUUUUUUGCUGUUCUAUAGCCAAAAUUUGAUUUUUUUUUCAAAAACACUGAAAAUAAGAUUAUAGCAAUGACAGAUAAUAAGGGUAAUAAUGAAUCAUCCAGGAAAAUGCCUUUGCUCAUUUUGAUAAGCCUAUAUUUUUAAUUUCCAACUACCAGUUCUGUUUUCCGCUACUUCAUUAUUUUUUCUAUAAACAUUGCAAUGUUCUUGUUGAAGCAAAAUUUGAUGAUCUAUGUAAUGAUAUAGUAAAAACCUUUUUAUGAUCAAGCCAGACAAUAUGUAAAUUUUGUUUUGCCUUUUGCAAUUCUCCAAAACCAUUUUAUCAAUCAGAAGUUGAUCUUUUAUACUUCUGCUUUUUCUUUUAUUUCUUUCUGUUCUACUGAGACAAUGUUAUUUUCUUUUAAACCAUCUUGGAUGGACCAUGAUAAUGCUUAUGAAUAACCUAAACAUUGUAGACAAAUAUGUUAUUUGGCCCGUAGUUUCCUUGUGUCCCUUUUGCUGGAUCAUUUUAAAUCGGAUAAGUUUUGCCAGUUAUUAACCAGUCGCUGAUGUCUUUUAUGCAAAUUUUCAUUAAUCAUUCAGCUAUAAUUUGAUGU